AUGGAGGCCGACAUGGACGCGAGCUUGGACUUCUUGGAGCUGGAGGCCCAUCUGGUGUUCGAUCUCGGAGACGCCGAUAGCAAACGUUGGAUGAGCCUGGCUGACUGCUGCAGCUCGUACCUGCCGGCCGAGGACUCGCUCUCCGGCCUCGACUCCUGCUACAACGACUCCACCGGCUCGCCGUCCACGGCGUCGACGAGGGCCACCAGGGCCAGCAAGAACAUCGUUGAGGAGAGGGACCGGCGCAGGCGGCUCAACGAGAAGCUCUACGCCAUCCGCGGCGUCGUCCCAAACAUCACCAAGAUGGACAAGGCGUCCAUCAUCCAGGACGCCGUCGCAUACAUCGAGGAGCUGCAGGAGCAGGAGCGCCGGAUCCUCGCCGAGGUGUCCGACCUCGAGGCCGGCGGCUGCACCGCCGUGGUGGUCAAGUCGGAGGCCUCCACCGGUAGCGAGGGGGUGGAGGUCGCCGGCGUUGGCUUCUGGCCGCUGAAGAAGACGAGGAGGACUGCCUCCUCCUCCUCCAUCAACGACCCCGUCACUUCUCCUGCAACGCAUCCGGUCCUCCUUGAGCUGGAGGUGAUGCCCAUAGCGGAGAAGCUGGCGGUGGUGAGCAUGAGGCAUGACAACGCGCAACACGUCAUGGCGAAGAUGUACAAGGCGCUCGAUUCGCUCCGUCUCAAGGUCAUCACCUCAAGUGUCACCUUCGUGGACGGCCGCACAGUCCACACAAUGUUCAUCGAGAUGGAAGAAACGGAUAGUGUUGAGACGAUCAAGGAGAUGGUACAGGCUGCACUCAGCCAUCUCGAAUUCUUGAUGUGA